AGACCUAUCUCUAUAAAUGUAAGCCUAACCAGACAUCAUAACCAUUUAAUUGCAGAGAGCAGAGAGAGAUAGAGAGAGCAGCUUCAAGCUUCAAUAAGCUUCAGGAUCCUCUCUCUUCGAGACCUGGAACUGGAAAUGGCUUUCCGGGUAGGCUCCAUGAAUCUCUGGGUUCUGCUGCUGCUGCUGCUGACGACGACGGGCAUUGUUCUUCGAAGCUCCGCAGAAGCAGCCGCCGGCUGUGACUUCUUCCACGGCAACUGGGUGGCGGCGGCGCCGCCGUUCCAACCGCCCUACAACUCCACCUCCUGCCCCUUCAUCGAGCAUGAGUUCAACUGCCUCAGAAAUGGCCGCCCGGACCUCUCCUUCCUCUCCUACUCUUGGCGACCCUACGGCUGCCAAUUGUCAAGAUUUGAUGGCGAAGAUUUUUUGAAAAGAUUAAGAGGGAAGAGUAUCAUGUUCGUGGGAGAUUCCCUUAGUCGAAACCAAUGGCAGUCUCUCACUUGCCUCCUCUCCACUAUUGUGCCUCAUGCCAAAUACACUAUCGAUAGAGUGGACGAUGUUUCGACGUUUACAUAUACGGACUUUGGAGUAAAAGUGAUGCUCGAUCGUAAUGUGUUUCUGGUAGACGUCGUGAAAGAAGAUGUGGGUCGAGUCUUGAAAUUGGACUCGAUCCAAGGCGGGAAGCUAUGGAGAGGGGUUGACAUGCUCAUCUUCAACACUUGGCAUUGGUGGAACCGCAGAGGAGAGUCUCAACCAUGGGACUAUAUUCAAGUAGGGAAGCAAUUGUACAAAGACAUGGAUAGGAUGGCUGCUUUCCAUAGGGCACUCACUACAUGGGCUGGCUGGGUCGACUCCAACAUCGACCCUGCCCAAACCACGGUUUUCUUCCAGGGGAUUUCUCCUUCCCAUUACAAUGGAACAGAUUGGAACCAGCCGAAGGCGAAGAACUGCGCCGCGAACCGGCAGCCUAUGUCGGGUUCCGAUUAUCCGGGAGGCUUGCCGCCGGCGGUGGCAGUGGUGAAGGGGGUAUUGAGCAAGAUGAAGAAACCGGUGACUUUGCUGGACAUAACCAACCUCUCUCUGCUGCGCAUCGACGCCCACCCUUCUGUUUACGGGCUCGCCGGCCGGAUGGAUUGCAGCCAUUGGUGUCUUCCCGGAGUUCCUGAUACCUGGAACCAAAUUCUUUAUAACAUCAUCAUCUCAACCAAUUGAGCUAACCAUUAAUGGAGAUUAAUUGAGAUUAAUAUUCAGAUUAUCGGUUAAUUGAUGAUUAGCCAUUCUUUUACAGAAUAAUAGAGUUUAGCCAUUCUAAACAAUA